AUGAAUUACAAUCUUAAGUUUGAAUGUGUUUUUGAUGAAAAACCUGCUUAAAUCAUAUGUGAUUAGCAUAAUCUGGAAGUGAAGACUAUAAAUGAAUAUUUUAAGUUUUAUAUUUCACUGAAUCUUCAUUUCUAAUGGAUAUAUGUCGAAAACUAAAUUAAUGAAGCUAGAUUUUAGAAUUUUUCUCUUAAGGGUAAAAUAGAAAACUUAGAAAAAUUUAAAAACUUUUUAGAUUGUCGAGUUAUGUACUUAGGUGCAUCAUAGAUAUAUGAAUAAUAUUGCUUAAUCAAAGAAGAUGAAUUAAAAAAAGUAUUUAUUGUUUUUAAAUAUUAUAGGCAAUGAUUGUCAAAUCAAAGAUAAAUGGUGAAAAGUAUUUUUGUAAGGUAUACAAAAAGGAAAUCAGAUAAAAUGAGUAUUAAUUUUUUAAUGAACUUAAAAUCUUGAGAAUGUUACAAAUGAACAAGAAUGUAGUACAAAUCAUUGAAGUAUUUGAAUCAAAACAUAAUUAUUACAUGAUCAUGGAAUAAAUGGUACAUAAUCUUGAAUAAGAUUAUACACAUGAAGAAAAUCAAAUUAUUAUAACAGUAUGAAAAAAUUAAUUCUUAGGAAAUAUUAAAUAUUUUAGAUGAUUUAAAUCGAAAAUCCAUUAUCCAUGGUUAAAUAAGGCCAAAAAAUGUUAUGUUUGAUAAAGAUAAUGUAAUGAAGUUGAUUGGGUUUAGUAAAGCUAAAAUAUUAGAAGAAGUAGAUGGAUAAGAUAUAUAUGAUUUACAUAGAAUACUUCUUUAUUUGAAUGGUCUCAGUCGAAAUGAAGUAGAUUGUGCAAAUGGGAUUUAUCCACACAUUCCAUCUCAUGGAACUAACUUUUUAAAAAGUCUUUUAAAUCCUACAAAAUAUAGAAUUAAUAUAAAAUAGGCACUUACUCAUCCUUUUUUGAAAUGUAUUGAAACUGAUCAUUAGAUUGUAAGGGUAGAAAUGAAUCUGAAGUUUAAACAUAAUUUUAACAAUUUUUAAUGA